CUGACAUUCAAGGCUCCAGCUGAAGCUCUCAACAUGCGACUUCGCAGCCGCAGGUGAUAAUACUAAGUACGACUGCAGGCUGAGUGCUAGGCGCAUGUAGUGUGCGUAUUGCACAGUCAAAGCAAGGUUGCAAGAAAAUACGCAGGUGCAGAGAAAGAGUAAUGAUGGGCACUUUUCAAUAGUCGCGUAACCUACGCAGGAGCAUGUUGGUCAAACAUUACCAGCAGUGCCAAUUCCACGUGGAACACUGCUCUCUACUUCUCAGGGUAGCAACUGCAGGCUUGUUGAGUGGCACGGCGCAGUGUGGUGAAGGGAGCAAGUCCGUCAUAGGCGUUACCAGCCAGCUACCUCGUCGGCCAGCCUUGCAGAACGCAAAGUAGAGAACAGAGCGAGCUGAACAUGGAAUUUGCGACAAUGUAACUUGAAGUGCGAGAACGUAGAUGAUACCAACGAUCAACAGCUGCCCACAACAAACAAAUCAAAGCAAACGAUGUG